AUGGCCUCCAGGGAUUUGGUGAUAGGAAUGAUCUUUUCACUACAAACCGUAGUUGGAAUUUUGGGGAAUUUCUCCAUUCUUUACUUUUAUCUCUUCCUACACUUGACAGGAUGCAAGCUUAGGUCCACGGAUUUGAUUCUCAAGAAUCUGGCUGUAGCCAACCUCUUAGUUUUUUUUUCAAAAGGAGUCCCCCAAAUGAUGGCAGGAUUUGGGUUAAAAGAUUUCCUCAAUGAUUUUGGAUGCAAAUUUGUUUUCUAUGUUCACAGAGUGAGCAGGGAUGUGUCCAUUGGCACCACCUGCCUCUUGAGCGUCUUCCAGACCAUGACAAUUAGUCCCCUGAACUCCAGGUGGGCAGAGCUUAAAGUUAAAGCCCACAAGUACAUAGCCACCUCUAAUAUCUUCUGCUGGAUCUUGAACCUGAUGCUAAAUAUUAGCCUCCCUCUGUAUAUGACUGCUAAAAUUAACAACACAAACUUCACACAGAGAGAAGAUUAUGGCUACUGUGAUGCGAUACUUGAUGGUACCGUCACACUGACCAUCUAUGUGGCAUUGAUAUUAUGCCGUGAUGGUUUCUUUCUGGUACUGAUUGUGUCAGCCAGCAGCUUCAUGGUUUUCAUCCUGCACAGGCACAAGCAGCAGGUUCAAUACAUGCAGAGGAACAAUCUGUCUCCAAGAUCCUCCCCUGAGUCCACAGCUACACAAAGCAUCCUUGUCCUGGUGUGCACCUUUGUAUCUUUGUGGACUCUCUCCUCUAUCUCCCUCAUUUGUUUGACAGUUUUGAACAAUCUCAGCUGGUGGCUGAGGGACACUUCUGAGCUAAUCCAUGCAUGUUUCCCAACUGUCAGCCCUUACAUUCUCAUCAACUAUGAUUCCAGAGUACCACGGGUCUGCUUUGCUUGGAAUGGAAUACGAAACCCCCUAAAUUUUUCAUAA